GCCUGCGCGGGGGCUCCCGGAAGUGGCCGGCUCGAAGCUCUGGCGGCCCAGUCCGUCGGCCCGUCGGUCCGCUCGUCCGCUGCCGGUGCCGAGCGCGCCUAGGCCGUCGUCGCUGUCCCUCCGCCUCUGCGGCCCGAAGCGGCGGCCGGGCCCUCACCAUGGCGUCGUUCAUCUGGGUGCAGCUGAAGAAGACCUCGGAGGUGGACCUGGCCAAGCCGCUGGUGAAGUUCAUCCAGCAGACGUACCCGAGCGGCGGCGAGGAGCAGGCCCAGUACUGCCGGGCGGCCGAGGAGCUCAGCAAGCUGCGGCGCUCGGCGCUCGGCCGCCCGCUGGACAAGCACGAGGGCUCGCUGGAGACGCUGCUGAGGUAUUAUGACCAGAUUUGUUCCAUUGAACCCAAGUUCCCAUUUUCUGAAAAUCAGAUCUGCUUGACAUUUACGUGGAAGGAUGCUUUUGAUAAAGGUUCCCUUUUUGGAGGAUCUGUAAAAUUGGCUCUUGCAAGCUUAGGAUAUGAAAAGAGCUGUGUGUUGUUCAAUUGUGCUGCCUUAGCUAGCCAGAUUGCAGCAGAGCAGAACCUGGAUAAUGAUGAAGGGAUGAAAACCGCUGCUAAGCAGUACCAGUUUGCUAGUGGUGCCUUUUUACAUAUUAAAGACACAGUUUUGUCUGCCUUAAGUCGAGAGCCUACUGUGGACAUAUCUCCAGAUACUGUUGGGACCCUCAGUCUUAUUAUGCUGGCCCAAGCUCAAGAAGUAUUUUUCUUAAAAGCCACAAGAGAUAAAAUGAAAGAUGCCAUCAUAGCUAAGCUGGCAAAUCAGGCUGCAGAUUACUUUGGUGAUGCUUUCAAACAGUGUCAGUAUAAAGAUACUCUCCCCAAGGAGGUAUUCCCCACUCUGGCUGCAAAGCAGUAUGUCAUGCAGGCCAAUGCUGAGUACCACCAGUCCAUCCUGGCUAAGCAGCAGAAGAAGUUCGGGGAAGAGAUCGCAAGGUUGCAGCAUGCAGCAGAACUGAUUAAGACUGUGGCAUCUCGCUAUGAUGAAUAUGUCAAUGUGAAGGAUUUUUCUGACAAAAUCAACCGUGCCCUUACUGCAGCAAAGAAGGAUAAUGAUUUUAUUUAUCAUGACCGCGUUCCAGACCUUAAAGAUCUAGAUCCUAUCGGCAAAGCCACACUUGUGAAACCCACCCCAGUCAAUGUGCCCAUCAGCCAGAAGUUCACGGAUUUGUUUGAGAAGAUGGUCCCUGUGUCUGUGCAGCAGGCCCUGGCUGUGUUUACUCAGAGGAAGGCUGACUUGGUUAACAGAUCAAUUGCUCAAAUGAGAGAAGCCACUACUUUGGCAAAUGGGGUACUGGCUUCCCUCAACCUUCCAGCAGCAAUUGAAGAUGUGUCUGGAGACACUGUACCUCAGUCUAUACUUACCAAGUCUACAUCUGUAGUUGAGCAGGGAGGCAUCCAGACUGUCGACCAGUUGAUAAGAGAGCUGCCUGAGCUACUGCAGAGAAACAGGGAAAUCUUAGAGGAGUCACUGAGAUUGUUGGAUGAAGAAGAAGCAACUGAUAAUGACCUAAGAGCAAAAUUCAAGGAACGCUGGCAAAGGACUCCAUCCAAUGACCUCUACAAGCCUUUACGAGCAGAGGGAGCCAAGUUCAGAGCGGUUUUAGAUAAAGCUGUGCAAGCUGAUGGACAAGUGAAAGAGAGUUACCAGUCCCAUCGUGACACCAUUGCACUUCUGUGUAAGCCGGAACCUGAGCUGAAUGCCGCCAUCCCCUCUGCUAAUCCAGCAAAGACCAUGCAGGGCAGUGAGGUUGUAAAUGUCUUAAAAUCCUUAUUGUCAAAUCUUGAUGAAAUAAAGAAGGAAAGAGAGGGUCUUGAGAAUGACCUGAAGUCAGUGAAUUUUGACAUGACAAGCAAGUUUUUGACAGCUCUGGCCCAGGAUGGUGUGAUAAAUGAGGAGGCUCUUUCUGUCACUGAGCUGGAUCGGAUCUAUGGUGGUCUAACCACUAAAGUCCAAGAGUCUCUGAAGAAACAGGAGGGACUUCUAAAAAAUAUACAGGUCUCACACCAAGAAUUCUCUAAAAUGAAGCAGUCUAACAAUGAAGCUAACUUAAGAGAAGAAGUUCUGAAGAACCUGGCAACUGCAUAUGAUAACUUUGUUGAACUUGUGGCUAACUUGAAGGAGGGCACAAAGUUUUACAAUGAGCUGACUGAAAUCCUGGUCAGGUUCCAGAACAAAUGCAGUGACAUAGUGUUUGCCCGGAAGACAGAGAGAGACGAGCUCUUGAAGGAUCUGCAGCAGAGCAUCGCCAGAGAGCCCAGCGCUCCAUCCAUCCCUCCCCCGGCCUAUCAGUCCUCCCCAGCAGGGGGACAUGCAACAGCUCCUCCAACUCCAGCUCCAAGAACCAUGCCGCCUGCUAAGCCCCAGCCUCCAGCCCGGCCCCCACCUCCUGUGCUUCCGGCAAACCGAGUUCCUCCCACUGCUGCUGCCUCCACAGGGGUGGGCACUGCCUCACCAGCGCCACAGCAGACCCCUGGCUCUGCCACCCCUCCGCAGGCUCAGGGACCACCAUAUCCUACCUAUCCAGGAUAUCCCGGGUAUUGCCAAAUGCCCAUGCCCAUGGGCUACAACCCCUACGCAUAUGGCCAGUACAACAUGCCGUACCCACCGGUGUAUCACCAGAGCCCUGGACAGGCUCCCUACCCAGGACCCCAGCAGCCCACCUACCCCUUCCCUCAGCCCCCGCAGCAGUCUUACUAUCCACAGCAGUAAUGCUGCCACAUGCUGGUUGGUUCCGAUCCCAGGGACAGGACAGCAGCUGCCAUCAGUGUUGUAAGCCAUGCUCUGGUCACUUGAGCAGACCUUGCUCUACUGGUUACGUGGAUGAUCUCUCUGUGGCUAAAAGCUGAAGGCUGGGCCCCACCUCCACAUUUGAUCGCACUCGUGAGAUUCGGCUGCUGUUGCAGUAUAAAUACUAGGUAUAAUAGCAUUUGAAAAAAAUUACAGUUUAUAAAACAUUGAAAAUGAGAAAUUAAACCUGCAAGUGAAACAUUUGAAAUUAGCAUACUUUAUACAAUGCGGUUGGGACAAAGAUGGCUUAAGUACUGAUAUUUAAGGAAAAGUUUUCUUUCUCUUUUGGUUUAUUGAUUUAGUUUAAUUUCUAUUAUGAUAUUUUGCAUAAUCAAGGCAUUGUAAAUCUUAUAAUUUAAAAAUAAAUUACUUAAGAACAGUUGUCAUUGUUAUGUUUUGUCAUUGAUUCUCAUUGCUGUCUUAAUUCCUUUCUGGUAUUAGCCUCUUAUUUUGUAUAUUCACAGGUUAAAUGUAUUGUGUUGAAAUGCGUGAGCAUGCAAGGUAACAGUCAGGUGCAAGGUGGUUGUACGAAAGCCCAAAGCAUAGCAGGCGCCACAGUUUAUCUUUCAUAUGCUAGUAAGCGCAUUUUGACAUUUACGUUCAAAAGUCCUAUAAUGUGGAAGAUACACAAUUGUUACCAAAGAUUCUUCAAAUAAAUAUAAAAUUUAAAAAGUAUAUAUUUAAUGUUUUAUUGUUAGAUUUUCCAAGAAAAUGAUGCAAAUUCUGGUAAUAGUUUAUUUCCUCCACCCAUAAUCUAGUUAAAAUGAGUAGCUGCCAUAGAGUGUCGUCUGAUGUGCUAGAAUCAUGGAGAAAAUUUCCUGUGCCUUUUUAGUCUUUGGUUCCAUCCAUUUUUAUCCUGUAAUGUUCAAUUAGUGCACAGUGUGUUUGAACACAUAUUAACCCUUCUUCUAAAUUUUCUUAGUAUUUUUAAAUUUUUUUGUGGCUCCUGAAAGCUGAGGUUAUUUUGUAAUCCAGGGAGCUACAGGACAAUUGCUGAGUCUGGAAUAUGCUCAGUUGCUGUCCAAGCCUCAGUGACAAUGAGGACACGCCUUCUGGACCAGGAAGCUGUGCACAUGGACAUUGUCCCGGGUCUCGGUGGGCUCUGUGUGAGGUUCUUUUCCGGUAUGUUGGGUGUAUGAACGGGUUUCUAAUCUGUGUUUGUUUUCUUAGUUCAAUGUUGAUUUUUUCUUGCAUUAUCAUCUCAUUUAAACGAUACUGUCACUCAGUCCACUGUUGCUCUCAUUGACAAUUUAGGCUGAUAUUUUAAAUGUAAGAUGAAGAUACGAUUGUAAAAGGGAGUAAAUUGGUUUAAGUAUAUGUGUAUUUCAAAGCAACUUUUGUUGUAUGCAGAAAACACAAAGAUGUGCUAAUUCAGUAUAAAUGACUGAUUGCCUGGAAUAUGGACAUUGGCUUAAAGUCUGAUAGCUAAACCUUGGCAAAACUAACAAACAUAUCAUUGCUUAGCUUCAGUCCUCUGGGUCACUCAGUGUAUGCGAUGGGUUUAUUUGAGUCCUCUGUAAAUGCCGUUUAAGUUCUAUAUUCUUCCCGCUUGAGUAUCUUAUGCUGACAUAAGACAUCCCCUGAGUUAGGGACUUCCCAGUCUGCUAGUCUACUCCUUAUAAAACAACCACCAAAAGAAAAGAAAAAAAGAAAAUAAAUGGCCUGAAUAUUCUCUUGGGGGGAAAGGGAUUGGAGGUCUAAAGGAAAGGGUAAAUGUAUCAGAGAGGCAAAGGGAGGAGGGGUCAGGCCAGCAGCCAUCCCCUCACUGCACUGGGCCAUUCCUGCAGGGUCACAGAGGAUCAGUGUGAGAGGGCUGCCCCUCCCAGGGGCCUCCCAGCUCAGCUCCUUAGGGAGGCCUCCCUCUUGCUGUCUCAUGCUGUAAGUUGCUCAGGAUGCUCCUCUGGUCUCUGGAUCAGCGCCGUUGACCUGCAGUGCUGGUUUGCCUUCCUAAGCUUGUCUAGUUUGACAGGGACUGGUGGAAAACCUCUUCAUGUGCCUAUUGUCCUUCCUAGAAAACUAGGUGGUGGCCCUCGCCAGCAUGGGUUCGCCAGCACACUCUACCCCGUGCUCGGUCUGCUGUGCUCCUCAGAACGCACUGCAGAAGUUACUGUGCAUGGCGCUGUUCACUUGGCAGUAGAGGGUUCCACGCUGGCUCACGCAUGUUACCCCGUGUCCAUAAUUAGACUUGCUGUUACCUUCUUAAAUGAAGGCAGCUGUCCCCAGGCCAUUUAUGUUGGCUUCCUAAGUCUGUUAUGAAAUGGAUUAUCUGCCAACUGCUGGAGUCAGAGGUGGGAAAAGCCACCCGACUGGGAUGUUCUGUCCUCAGAGGUCAAUGACUUGACCACUCAGUGUGGUGUCAGGCUCUCAACUAGGGAGCCAUUUCUCUGUCCUUGGUCUCUUUCUUAGUUGAGAAAAGCAGUCACAUGUCACUGCACAGCAACCAGUCUCUCUGAGACACCCUAGUCCCCACUCCAGCACCCUUGUAAUGAUGCCCCUCACCCCCAGUGUAAGUGUGGAUGUCCCAGUUGUAUUCCCACCUUUGUCCCAGCCAGCUAGCUACCUUUCUAGUCAAAACAAAUUAAUGUUUUUGUUUUCAGUUGAAAUUUAUAGUUUGCAAACAUUCCUUUGUAUACAUUUCCUAAUUGCAUGAACAGGAUAAAAUAGUAAACAGGCCUCAGUUUGCUAGUGGGAAUUUUUUAAGUCCCUGUGACUUAUCAUUUCUAAGACUGACCAUUGUUAGUUGAUUCCUAGUGUAGAACAGGGCACAAGCUGGACAAAACCUUUGCAAGAAGAGUUAAAAUUGCUGGUUUAAAUAUACAGACUUUAGAACUGAAUGGAAGAGCAAAGAAGGAAAAUUAUAUUUUUAACAAAAGAGAAUAUUCAGGCUUUAUUUCUGGUAUGAAGUUUAUAUUUUUAAGAAAUAUAUAUAUCCUAUAUUAUCACACCGGAGAUUUUAGAUUUCUUUCUGGUUAUAAACAUUGCUGGUAGUUGGAUUAUAUUUUUUAUUGUAUUCAUUUCUCUUAGGGGGAAAAUUGUAAAGAAACAAAGAUUCCAGAUGAAUGUAUCCUAGAAAUAAAAGUUGAAAGAUUCUUA